UGGUACAAUCAAACUAAACUAAACUAAACUAAUGUCGUGUGAUGUCUAUUCAUCUCUCACCUCUAGCGAAGCAAUAAGCUGACGUGUACCAAAAAAAAUGAAGCCCACGACCAAUGGGCUCUUCGCUUCUCAAUCUUCUCCCUCCUUCACGGCUCCGAGAUUCCGCGGCCACCUUCCGAUCACCUUCACAUCCUCCAACCAUCACCACCACCACCACAAGAAUAAGAAGAAUCUCGCCAACGUCAUCACUCUCUCCCUCCCCUCCGAUGUCUCCUCCUCCUCCUCACGAGUCACAUCCUCUCGCCGCGCAAUUCUCGUCGCGCCACCGCUUCUCGCCGCUGUUAUUUCCUUAUGGCCGUCUGUUUCCUCAGCCGCCGGGGAGAUAUCUUCCAUCGUGGCGGCGGAUGCUUCGCCGGAACCAGCAGCUCCUCCUCCUCCAGCCACUCCUCCGCCUGUAGAGGAGAUAACGUCUAGAAUAUAUGACGCGACGGCGCUCGGUGAGCCGAUGGCGGUUGGGAAAGAUAAGAAGAGAGUGUGGGAGAAGCUUCUGAACGCGAGGAUUGUCUACUUAGGUGAGGCGGAGCAGGUGCCUACGAGAGAUGAUAAAGACUUGGAGCUUGAGAUCGUGAGGAACUUGAGGAAGAGAUGCGUUGAGAGCGAGCGUCAGUUGUCUUUAGCGUUGGAAGCGUUCCCUGUUGAUCUGCAGGAGCAGUUGAACCAAUACAUGGAUAAGAGGAUGGACGGAGAGGCAUUGAAGUCUUACGUGUCACAUUGGCCUGCUCAACGUUGGCAAGAAUAUGAGCCUCUAUUAACAUUCUGUCGCGAUAACUCAGUUAAACUCAUUGCUUGUGGCACUCCUCUCAAGGUUUUAAGAACUGUCCAAGCUGAAGGUAUCCGUGGUCUUUCAGAAUCUGAACGUAGACUAUACACUCCUCCUGCGGGUUCUGGGUUCAUCUCAGGGUUCACUCCCUUCUCACGUAACUCUUCACUCAAUAUUAACCCCCUCACACAGAUUGUUCCGUUUGGACCAAGCUCGUAUCUCUCCGCGCAAGCUAGAGUUGUUGAAGACCACACAAUGUCACAAGUUAUCUUACAAGCAGUUGCGGACGGAGGUGGGACUGGUCUUCUGUUAGUGGUGACAGGGGCCAACCAUGUUGAGUAUGGGUCAAGAGGAACAGGGUUGCCUGCUAGGGUGUCAAGGAAGAUUCCAAAGAAGAGUCAACUAGUUGUGUUGCUUGAUCCUGAGAGACAGUUUCUGAGGAAAGAAGGUGAAUCUCCUGUUGCUGAUUUCUUGUGGUAUUCUGCGGCUAGACCAUGCAGUAGAAACUGCUUUGAUAGGGCAGAGAUUGCUCGGGUGAUGAAUGCUGCUGGUAGGAGCCGUGAUGCUCUUCCUCAGGACAUUCAAAAAGGAUUAGACCUUGGUCUGGUGUCACCUGAGAUUCUACAGAAUUUAUUUGAUCUUGAGCAAUAUCCUCUCAUUGCAGAGCUUACACAGAGGUUCCAGGGUUUCAGAGAAAGGCUGUUAGCAGACCCCAAGUUCCUAAACAGAUUAGCCAUUGAAGAAGCCAUAUCAAUAACAACAACACUUGUAGCACAAUACGAGAAGCGGAAAGAAAACUUCUUCGAGGAACUAGACUACGUUAUAACCGAUAGCGUAAGAGCAUCGGUUGUUGAUUUCUUCACAGUUUGGCUGCCUGCACCAACCUUGUCUUUUCUCUCGUACGCUGAUGAGACAGCUAGACCGAACAGCAUAGACGCACUAAGAGGCCUCCUAGGAUCCAUACCCGACAAUGCGUUUCAGAAAAGUCUUGGUGGAAAAGACUGGACUCUGAAUCUUAGGAUUGCUUCGGUUAUUGUCGGUGGAUUGAAGCUUGCUGGCGUUGGUGUUGUUUCCAGUUUUGCAGCUGUGGGAUCUUCAAAUGCUUUGUAUGCGAUAAGGAAGUUUAUUAAACCGGAGUUGGCUGUUUCUGAGCAAACAAAGAGGUCUCCGAUGUUGAAGACGGCUGUUGUCUAUGGUGGUUAUCUUGGAACAUCUUCAAAUAUACGUUAUCAGAUAAUUGCUGGUCUAAUAGAGCAUCGCAUCUCUGACGAGCUUUCUUCUCAGCCACUACUUGUAAACAUGAUUUCAUUUGUGGUCCGUGUAGCUAACUCCUACUAUGGAACUCAGCAAUGGAUUGAUCUUGCGCGGUCUACUGGUCUGCAAGCUCAAAAAAGUGUCACGGCUUCCAAUCAAAUCCCAGAGGCUUUGAGCCAACCUACAGUGGAGAUUGUGGAAUAUAGUACUACUACUACAGAUGAGGCAACUAUGGAUGAUCUCAAGAAUCAAUGAUAUUUUUUUGCGGCCUAUUUCUACUAGAGUAUCAAACUGGUAAAAUGUGUAAAAAAGCUUUUGAUCGUCUUGGGAGGGAAAUGUAUCUUCAUUUGAGUUGUAUUUUUGUAUCUUAGCUUCUGUGAAAUAAUGGUUCGUUAAUGAAUAUAUUUUCGUCAAAUUAGUC